AUGAAAAUUAGAGAUCUACCUUCCCGCAAGCACAAACCUCGUCGACUGAACAUUGCCGAAGCUACAAAGUUAAACGCAAAGAGGAAGAAGAGGAAGAAGAAGAAGGAGGAGAAGAAGAAGAAGAAGAAGAAGAAGGAGAGGAUCCGCAUAAAACUCGAGUCUCGGGCGGCUGGUUCGACAUAUUCAGGACAUUGA